AAAUGCUGGGUUAUGACAUCAGUUGGGCAGCAUUCAACAUUAUUGAAGUAAUGAGCAGCUCUAAGUUUACGUAUAAACGUAUUGGUUAUCUUGCUGCAUCCCAGUCAUUUCAUGAAGGACUUGAUAUCCUCAUGUUAACAACCAACAUGAUAAGAAAGGAUCUAUGUAGUAUGAACCUCUACGAUGCAGGCAUAGCUUUGUCUGGUUUUUCUUGCUUCGUGUCRCCAGACUUGGCCAGAGAUCUUGCUAAUGAUGUCAUGAGCUUGCUUGUUUCAACCAAGCCUUACAUYAGAAAAAGAGCUGUGCUUCUCAUGUACAAGAUAUUUCUCAAGUUUCCUGAAGCACUAAGGCCUGCUUUCCCUCGGCUGAGAGAGAAACUAGAAGACUCAGAUCCAGUACCUCUGCAAUGUCUCUACUUUAUGAAUGCGUGAACACUGUGAUUGCAGGACUCCCAAACCAUCAGGCUUCUAUACAGCUGUGUGUUUCCAAGCUAAGAAUUCUACUUGAGGAUCCUGAUCAGAACUUGAAAUAUCUUGCACUGCUGUCAAUGUCCAGCAUAUUAAAGACACAUCCCAAGAUAGUACAGCAACACAAGGAUAUCAUUAUUCAAUGUUUGGAUGACAAGGAUGAGUCUAUUCGGUUAAGAGCAUUAGACCUAAUAGUAGGCAUGAUUUCUAAGAAAAAYAUAAUUGAAAUUGUCAAGAAACUCAUGAUCCACAUUGACAAGACAAGCAGCCAGAGUUACCGUGAUGAGUUGCUUUCAAAGAUCAUUCUGAUUUGUAGUCAGUCUGAUUACCACUAUGUCACCAACUUUGAGUGUCUGCACUGCUUGAUAACAACAGCCUCCUUGGUAGUAAUGUACAGAAGAAUGGUAUGUGUGAAGUUCUGUAUGCUGCUGCUUGGCUAUCUGGUGAAUUUUGCAUACAUCUUCCUGAUGUGGGAAUGACUAUGGAAUCAAUGUUGCGUACCAAGGCAACGUCAUUACCUGGUCAUAUACAGGCAGUAUAUGUGCAAAGUAUUGCAAAACUUUACUCGCAUAUGUUGAAAAAGAUGGAAGAUGAUGCAGAGGAKAAUGACUUGACGGCAGCCAUAGAGUUUGGACAAAAACUGGUAGAUAACCUUCCAAUGUUUGUACAGAGUGCUGAUCUAGAAGUACAGGAAAGGGCCAGUUGUUUCCUGCAGAUGAUUAAGUAUGUACUCAAACUACAAGCAAAAGGAGUCAAAUGUGGAGAUGAAGUGUGUAUGUUGUUUGUGGGUGAGCUAAAUCCUGUGGCUGCCAAAGCACAAAAGAAAGUCCCUGUCCCUGAAGGGUUGGAUCUGGAUAAAUGGAUUAAUGAACCACCAGAAGAGAGUUCUCCAGAAGAGGACAAUGAUGAAGACAUGUUUGCUGGCAUAAAUGACACCAAAACUUUCUAUGGUCAAAAAGAGACUCCAGAACCUGAUGAAGAAGAACUUGAAAAGAGAAGAGAACAGCGCAAGGCAGAGCGUAGCUCCAAUCCACACUAUCUUCGCUUUGAUGCGCCAUCAAAGCAAAAACCAACCACUAAUGUUGAUGACAUCCCUGUUGCAAACCUUGACCUGCCGGUAUCACUGAAAAUCUCAGGAAGCUGAAGAAGUGCGUCCUGCUGAUGACCCACACAGACUCCUAAACAUUGACAUUGACAAGCCGUUAGAGAGUGGUGAAGUGCUUCCAGUAAGAACACACAGAGUAGUCAGUCCGAUUGCUGAACAUGCAGACGAACAGGAAUCUGACAAGAGAUUGCAGAGGAGCCAGAUCUCAUGAUGAAUGGUGAUGACGCAGACGACAUUCAACCAGCUGAUGACAAUAUAGAGGAAAUAACAGAUGACAAACCAGAGUUUACUCCUGCACCAGAACCAGACACUGAAAAGAUUGAUGACAUGGACUUCUGGCUGUCAGGCAGCAGUGAAUCAGCCCCAGCAGUAAAGGUUGAGGAACCAAUGGAAGUGCCUUCUGCCAGCCCAGAAAGUACAAAAACUACAAGACACCGUGAUAGGAAAUCAUCUGAGAGCAAAGAACAUAAGAAAAAGAAAGACAAAAAGGAUAAGAAAAAAGGCAAAAAGCAUAAAUCAGACAAUGCAGUAGYGGUAGAAGCACAGCCUGAACCCAGCAUUGACAUCAACCAGGAUGAGACAAUAGAAAACAAAGAUGUACAGUYCRCUCCACAGCCUGUGUUUUCAACUUACAAAGUUCUUGCUGAAAACAGCUCUUUAAAGCUGACAUAUGAAACAAGAGUAACAGCUCAAAAUAGAAGCCAGUUGGUUGUAUCAAUAGUCUUUAGCAAUCAUACAAAUUUUCAUAUCAAGUCACUGGAGUUUAAUGUACUAGAUUCUUUGAAUACAAAGCUUAUCAGACCUAUUGGUUAUUCAUCUCGUGAUAGUGUUCCUGUACUGUUUCAGUUAUUACCAGGGUCAUCUAAUGAAGGACAGUUUGCAUUUACAGUAGAAAGUAUAAAUAUGCAGCAAAAACUACGAGGGACGCUUACAUAUAUGAUUACGAGAAAAGUCAUUGUCGUUGUUGUUAUUUGUAACUCAACUAUGUUUCUUUAUAGUGUGGAUUUUUCUAAUUUGCUUGCAAGUGGGAAACUGGAAAACAAGAAUUCUGUUAAAUUUUCUGCACCUGAUGGAGUAGAAUUUGCUACAUUCAUUGCCAAGAUAUGCUGUCUUCUACACUUUUCAGUUGUUGAGCAAGUUGAUAAUGGAGCAUCRUUGUACUCAAGAUCUAUCCAGUCACAUGACCUGUGUCUAUUGGUCAAAUCUAUCAAUGGUACUACUAUAUCAAUUGAUGGUAAAUGCACAGACAGUUCUCUUCUCUUCAAUGUCCUCAAGGAAGCAGAAGGUCUUGAUGCCAGCUAGCUACACACAAUGAUMAUAAUUAUAUGGGAACAUUGAAUAGGAAACAAAAGAACUGAAAACAAUAGUUGUAUUUGUGAAAGGAUUAUAGGAUGAAUCAAUACAAUCAGUAGUCACAGUCUGCUUCCUCUGAAACAACCUAAAUUUUGCUUUAAUACUACUAAAGUUUCCUGUGCGUAUACAACAAUCUGCCCCUGGACAGUUUAUAAGCUAACAGAAUAGCUAGAGCAGUGCUUUCAGAUGUCUCGGUACCUUAAUUGGUAUUAAUUCUUAGUGAAUAGUUUAGUAGAUUAUUUGGACUCUAUGAAAACAGCAGCACGCUCAUGCUCUAUUCAGCUCUAUAUUCAUUUUAUCCUUUGGUUGAAGUUCAUGUAAAUGUACACCAUUUCACUCACAUUUAACACAGCAAUUUGGUACAACAUGGCUAGUGAAUACAACUUUAUAAGACAUUCCACACUUAAACACACUUCCACACUUAUUGUAUUGUAUUGUAUUGUAAACUUGAUAAUACUUUUGAGUUUUUGGAUCAAUGAAUCCUGUACAACAUUUGAUCUAAAAUAUUUGGGUCAAUAGUCAUUUAGGACAUUAUUCAAGGGUUUAAAUUUCCCAAUAAUUACAGUCAUUGAAUUGUUCAGUCCACAUUUCAUUGGUUUCUAUGAUUAUAGUACAGGUAUUCACAUAUCAGGAAUGAAUGUAGAUUAUUAUAUACAAAUAGGGCAGAUUGAAUUUUACAGAAUUUUCAUAUUUUCAAGGUUUUAAUCAGUUGACCGAAAGAAGCUUUAAUAGGGGUCAAGACAACAACAGGAAAAUGCUUUGCAUGCUGAAUAUUAUAAUAAUUGUGGCAAAACUGCUAAAUUUAAUGUGCCUAUCUUUAAAUAUUAUUUGUAAGUGAAAUUUCRACGUUUUAAUGUGAUAAUCUUUGGUUAAUGUGAAGGAAAUUCUGUUCAGUGGUAGCUAAAGUGAAAGUAGAGUACAAACGCUGAUAGUUGGACAGUGAUUUUCCAGUGAUGAUUGAAAGAGUACUAGGCUUCACACUCCUUGUUUUCAUUGCAAAAUCUGUCAUCUAGAACAACAUAGUCCUUUCCUUUUCACAAUUGAUGGGAAAAUCACUAUUUAUUUCUAAUUAAAGCAAAAUAGACAAAUUAUAGAAAACAAUCGAMGAGAAUAGAGUGAAGUUAUUAAACCUGUGAUAGUCAAAUUGAUCCACAAAGAAAACAAUACAAUUGCAGUAUGCUAAUUCAUGUAAUAUAUCUAUUUCCCAGGUUUUUUAACUCCACUCUAAUGUAUUAUUUAGUUGUAUAAUGCAAUGUUUGUUCUCUGUUAACUGCUGCUAGUAUGUAUUGUGUUAUCAUGGUUGUGUAGCCAAUCAUCAGUGGUGUAAUUUGAAAGAUUUCUUGUUUUGGGGAUAUAUGACAGUGAUUUAUUAUUAGGACUUUAAAAAUAAUUUUCAAAAUAAACAUUAAAUAUAAGGAA